AUGUUGUCUGCAUUGGCUGGGGAUGAUCAAAUUAGGAGUACGCUGAGCGAGUUAGACGGCGUGAAUAAAGAAUUAGAAUACGCCUUACGAACGCGUGGAUGUGCAUUGAUAAAAAGGGCUGGUAUCUUGUCUGAUUUACCACAGGCGACGAUAUGCACAGCACAGGUGCUUCUACAGCGUUUUUACUACGUCAGCUCUCUAUACCACUUCUCUAUACAGGAUAUUGCUAUCGGCGCAUUAUACUUAUCAUCAAAGCUAGAGGAAACUGAGCUGGGGAUACGCGAUAUAAUAAAUGUAUUUCACAGGCUAACCAACAGCCAAGCGGAUGAGGAAUACCAGCCAAUGUCCUACUACGGUCCAACCUAUUACGAAUGGAAAGACAGCCUCGUAGUGGCUGAGAUGCAGAUCCUCAAAAGGCUAGCUUUUGAUGUCUACGUACAGCAACCCUAUGCAUUACUAGUAAACUACAUAAACGUACUCGAUUUGAGCAGUAACCAAGGAUUAUCUCAACGCGCAUGGUCAUACCUUAACGAUAGCCUUCUCACACCCGCAAACGCGAUAUUCAGUGCACCAACUAUCGCAUGCGCCUGUCUGGAUCUAGCCUGUAGAGAUCUCAGUGUGGCUCUCCCAACUACCUCGGAUGGAUCUACCAGCUGGUACGAACUCUUUGAUUGUUCACUGGCCGAGAUGGAAUGCACACAACUCUGGAUACUACGAACGUACGCAGCUCUCAACAGUGAAGUCUAUCAAGCAACAUCUAAAUUAAUAUCAAAGUAUAAUUUAAGAGAAUAUCUAAAAUGAAUCUAUUUUUUCUUAUGUUUCAGCUUCUUAGCUUCCACAGUCGAGGAUGAAGUCUGUUGUGGUGGUUCUUCAUCUUCACUGCUGCUAUCACUAUCACUGCUAUCACUCGUACGCUCAUCUGAUGAAUCUGCAGUCCGUAUUGGAAUUUUUGCCUUCUUAGCUACUCUGGUGUCAUCUACUGGUGCGUUAUCGCUAUCACUCUUCCUCCGCUUUUCAACCUUGCUUUUACUUUUUGUUCUGUGUAUGUCGAGCAAACUUGCGGUCAAUGUGAGCAUUUGGUUGCUAGUUACACGCUCAACGACAGUAAAGUCGAGCUCGCGAUCAACCUCCGCAAGCACCUGAGUGGAUGAUUUGUGAACCCAUCUACCACCACUUCCUGUCUCAGAAGAAUCACUUGCGUACUUGAAAUUAUCGCAAUCGAUGUACUCUCGUGGAAUAGUAACGUUGAAGGUAUGGUGUACGAGUAAACUAAUGUGAUCUGGUGAACAGAGU